UCUUCACUCUAUGCAACAGGACAAGUGUACAAUCAAAAUACAGCAGAGGGAAUCUCCUCUAUUUGGAUCGCCCACUUCACCUUCAAGAAUCUCCUACAACCGAACUGCUGGGCAUUGUACAUUUUACCGUAUUGUUGUUGUAAAUGGGUGAAGGAGAAGAGAAAUGGUGUGUGGUGACUGGUGGAAGAGGCUUUGCUGCUCGGCAUUUAGUGGAAAUGCUGAUUCGUUAUGAAAUCUAUCAUGUUCGCAUUGCUGAUUUGGGUCCAUCCAUUAAACUUGAGCCUGCUGAGGAAAAGGGUAUACUUGGUCAAGCCCUGCAAUCAGGCCGUGCUGUAUAUGUAUCCAUGGAUCUUCGUAACAAAUCCCGAGUCCUCAAAGCUUGUGAAGGAGCUGAGGUUGUCUUCCACAUGGCUGCUCCAGAUUCAUCAAUCAACAACCACCAGCUCCACUAUUCAGUUAAUGUGCAAGGAACCCAGAAUAUAAUUGAUGCUUGCAUUGAGCUGAAAGUGAAAAGACUUAUUUACACCAGCUCUCCCAGUGUGGUGUUUGAUGGAGUUCAUGGAAUUCUAAAUGGGGAUGAAUCACUGCCAUAUCCUGCUAAGCAUAAUGAUUUCUACUCUGCAACCAAAGCUGAAGGAGAGGCACUUAUUAUCAAGUCAAAUGGUACCAAAGGGUUGCUGACAUGCUGCAUUAGACCUAGCAGUCUUUUUGGCCCUGGUGAUAGGCUGCUCGUUCCUUCACUAGUUGCAGCUGCAAAGGCAGGAAAAUCAAAGUUCAUUAUUGGUGAUGGCAACAACAUGUAUGAUUUCACUUACGUGGAGAAUGUAGCACAUGCUCAUGUGUGUGCAGAACGAGCUCUAGCAUCAGGAGGAGCAGUUGCAGAGAAAGCUGCUGGGAAUGCAUAUUUUGUCACGAACAUGGAGCCCAUUAAGUUUUGGGAGUUUGUCUCACUUAUUCUUGAAGGUCUUGGCUAUGACAGGUAUUCUCAUUGUUUUUUUUUUUUUGCACACAGUUAUUCUUUUUACAAUCUUGUUUUCCGUUCUCCUGAAAUAUCUACCUUGAUUGUCUUAUAGUGAAAGAUAUUUCUAUAUAGAGAUGGCAAAU